ACAUACUCUUUGGUCAAAAGCACGUUAAAUUGUUUCGGAUAAACGUGUGAAACAAUUAAAAUAGAAAAUAUGACUUUGAAAGAGUAAUAUAUUUGAAUUUUGAAUCGGUAAAAUGGCUCGCCAUCGCAAUGUGAGGAACCGUAGUUAUUCGGAUGAUUACGAUUUCGAUGAUGUAUACGGGCAUUCUGUCGAAGAGGACAGCUGUUUAUCGCCAAGCGAUGCAGCACAAUGGAUGUAUGAUCGUUCCAGAAAUCAACAGGCAAUAGCAAACUUUCUAGAUAAUCACGAUGAUAUUCAAGAGGAAUCAGAGGAUUUACCGGAACCUUCACAUCCCACUCUUGAACGUCGAGAAUCGAUGGAUUUACGUGGCCUUAACUUAAACGAAGAUGACGAGGCGAAACUAAUGUCGUGUCUUGAUGAAUUACGCAAUGUUUUAGGUGAUACAAUUUCUGAUAAUAUAUUAGUGCAAUCAGUGCUGAAGCAUAAAUUCAAUUACAAUAAAGCUUUGGAUGAAAUAUUGAAUAGCAAAAGUAAUCAAGAGGAGAAACCCAAGCUAGAACCAGUUAUACAACCACCUCCUUUAGUGAUUGAGCCUAUCAAGGUACCAGUAGCAACAACUCCUAAGGUAAUUGCUACAAAAGUUGAACCCAACAAAGCAGCUGUGAUUAAAGGAUUCAAGAUUGAUGAUGGAAAACCAAACAGUUGUCCUCAGUCUCCUAGAGAUCAGUCUCCUGCUACUAGAGACAGAACCCCAUCUAGAUUAGACCAAGCAGACGACAACAAGGUUAUGUUAAAGAUAAUAAAAGAAAAUAAAAGUGAUCCAAACGUUCAGUUUCAAAAUGAAAGGGGCUCUGAAAAAGAACAUUUGUAUAUUGUUGUCAUAGGCCAUGUUGAUGCUGGAAAGUCUACAUUAAUGGGACGCUUGUUGUGUGAAUUAGGUGAAGUUAGUCAAAGGACAUUGCACAAGUAUGAGCAAGAGAGUAAGAAAAUUGGUAAACAAAGUUUUAUGUACGCCUGGGUAUUGGAUGAAACUGGUGAAGAGAGGGUUAGAGGAAUCACAAUGGAUGUAGGAAGAGCACAGUUUGAGACUAAAACAAAGAAAGUUAUUAUCUUAGAUGCACCAGGACAUGCUGAUUUUAUACCUAAUAUGAUUACAGGUGCUGGUCAAGCAGAUGUUGCACUUUUGGUUGUAGAUGCAACAAGAGGAGAAUUCGAGUCAGGUUUUGAGCUUGGUGGCCAAACUCGAGAGCAUGCCUUACUAGUUAGAUCAUUGGGAGUCAAUCAGCUCGCUGUAGCUGUAAAUAAGUUAGAUACCACUAACUGGUCUCAGGAAAGAUUUGAUGAGAUAACAAAAAAACUGAAAACUUUUUUGAAACAGGCCGGCUUUAAAGAUUCAGAUGUUACAUUUGUACCUUGUUCCGGUUUAACCGGUGAGAAUUUAGUUAAAGAUUCAACUGAGCCUGAAUUACUAAAGUGGUAUAAAGGUCCAUGUUUACUUGACGUAAUAGACAAAUUUAAUGUGCCUCAAAGACCCGUAUCUAAACCAUUACGAAUGUCCAUCAAUGAUAUCUUCAAAGGCACUGGUUCCGGAUUUUGCGUGGCUGGUCGUAUUGAAAAUGGUGUUAUAAACAAAGGUGAUAAAGUCUUAGUAUGUCCUACAAAAGAAAUGGCUGAGGUUCGAGGUUUAAGCAUUAAUGAUUUGGCUAGCAAUGUGGCAUUUGCUGGUGAUCAAGUUAGCGUAACCCUGUCUGCAGUUGAAAUGCAGAAUGUUUCUGUUGGUUAUGUAUUAAGUGAUCCGAUUCAACAAGUGCCAGUUAGCUCAAGAUUUGAAGCCAGAUUGGUUGUUUUUAAUGUAAAGGUACCUAUAACCAAAGGUUUUCCAGUUCUCAUUCAUCAUCAGUCUUUGGUAGAGUCAGCGAGUAUAGUCAAGUUAAAGGCAUUAUUAAAUAAAAGUACUGGAGAAGUAUUGAAGAAAAAGCCCAGGUGUUUGGGUAAUAACUCAGUAGCUGUAGUGGAUAUAGAAGUAUGCAGGCCUAUAUGCAUUGAACGGUACAAAGACGUGAAGGAGCUAGGUCGUGUGAUGUUAAGAGUUGCCGGAGUCACAAUAGCAGCAGGACUUGUGACUGAUAUUUUUACAUCUUGAUUGAUCUGAUAUGAACAGUAACUAAUAUGGCUUCUAAUAUCUAGAAUAUUAUGUAGAAUCAAUUGUGCCGAUAGUUCGGGUGCUCAGAGUUUUCAAUAGAUACACCUGAGUAUUUUUUGUACAAUAAUGUAUUGUGCUAUAUAUUUAAUAUGGUUAUAAUUUUAUUGCUAAA